AUGGCUGCCCAAAACUCAAGUUUAUCAAAUGAUUUUCCUGAAAAGAAAGAAGAUGAAUUUAAUGAUUUUUAUACUGAGGUAAAAGAAAUUGAAAAACGUGACAGUGUAUUGACGCCAAAACAACAAAUUGAUAGAUUACUACGUCCUGGUUCUUCGUAUUUUAAUUUAAAUCCUUUUGAGGUUUUACAAAUAGACCCAGACACGGUUAUUGAUGAAAUUAAGAAAAAAUAUCGUCGUAUGUCAAUAUUGGUGCAUCCGGACAAAAAUCAGGAUGAUGCUGAUCGAGCGCAGCAAGCGUUUGAAAUUGUUAAUAAAGCGUGGAAGACACUUGAGAAUGAAGAAACUAGAGCUAAAUGUAUGGAUGUUAGUGACGACAUAAAAAUCAAUUAUCCAUGA